AGGGGACAGUGUGGUGGAAGGUGUCAGGAAGGCUAGACUCCUGUUCGGGGACACCUGAGGAUAGGCUGGGUGGCCUUAGGGAAGUCAAUGAACCUAUUAGCCUCAGUUUCCCCAUCUCCUGCAAUGGGUAAAAUGAUAUCCUACCAGAGUUUUUGCAAGAAUGGAAUAUCCUCCAUGUCAAGCUGCUAACACAGGACCUCGUGUGCUCAAAUUAACUGUGAUCAUAAAAACAUAGUUUGGUUAAGGGUCCCAGGUGGGCUGGAAUCUUUUGCUAGCCUGAGCUGCCCACUGGUGGCUGGAGAACACUACCUCCUUUACUGGUGCACAUUUCAAAUUCACUCAAAUCAAGGAAGUGUACCCAUUUUAAAGACAAAACUGAAGCACAGGGAAGAAGAGGGUGACCUUCCUAAGGACAUAGAUCAAUUUAUUGAGCUCCUUGUAAUGAUAAUCAUCAUCAGAGCCAACAGUAAGUAGCACUGUUGUGUCAAGCAGGGCCUUGGGCACUUUCGUAAAUGAGAAACUGGCGUCAAUGCUGGGCAGAUGCUGCCGUGAGCCUAGACACUGGUGUGGCAAAGGUAUGGCGAGGAGAGUAUGUGGAUUUCAGGUAUUCCCUUUCUCCAGUUCCUCUGGGCACAACACUAGGGGGCAGACUGCCCACUCAUCCCUUGGCUCCCUGGAGUGGAGACAAGUGUUAGCCCAGCCCGGGUUUUCUGGCUGAGGGAGCCAAAGACUCCGAGAGGUGAAGUGUCCCACCCAAGUCCACACAGCCAGUAGGCAAUGGAGGCUGGAUUCGACCUCAGAUGGCCUGGCUCCUCCCACACUGACCCAGGACCUUCACAGUGCUCCCCACUCAGCCCAGGCCUGGUGCCGGCACUUCUACAUGCCAUGCUCCACCCAGGAUAUCCUCUUGUGAGUCCACCCAGACGUGCAAAAGUCUCAGGCCCAGCUCUGCCUUUUGGGGUCACAGGCAGCUUUCCGAUCCAUCGAGUUAUCGGCCAAGCACCAACAGACUGCUAGGCCUCUCGCCCCUUUGUGCCGAGGAAACAAAGGCAUAGAGAUGUUUAGCAGCUGCAUCCCAAGACCCUGGCGAGUCAACGGCAGGGCAGUGAUGCACUUGAGGGCAUUUCUCCGUGUCUCCGCAAGGGUGUGAUCACCUCAGCCUAAGCCCAGCAGCUCGCCCUGUAGGGUCGCAGUCUCCUAAGUAUCUCCACGGCCUGACCUGCGAAUCCAGUGAGGAAGAAGGAGCCACAUGACUUCCAUUGUGCAGGUUUCCACCUGCAAAACUGAGGUGGGGGACCCAAAGCAGAGUCGGGUUGGGACUCUGAUGGGGAGUCCCUGUGCUCCGUACAGACACCCAUGCCGCCCCGUCCGGACUCGGAGGGACCUGGUCAGCCCAGUCUGCCGGGACCACGCCGCGGCCAGGCCAGCCACUCAGGUUCCAGUGGCCCGCGAGAGCACCCUCGCUGACAAAGGCCAAGGCCGCAGGGGCCAUCCCCGUGCGACCCUGUAGGGCCCGGGGGCGGGGAGAGGCGGGCCGGCGGACUGCGCCGAGGUGCGCCUAUUGGCUGGAGCUGACGCCCAUCCGGGCCCCGAGGCCCGACAAUUGGCCGCGGGGGGCGGAGUUCGCGGAGCCCCAAUGAAUGGGGGAGCCGGAAGCAGGAAGUGAGUUUGCGAUCCGAGCAGCUGCUGCAGCAGGGCCCAUGGCGGACGCCCAGUACAUCCUGCCCAAUGACAUCGGUGUGUCUAGCCUGGACUGCCGCGAGGCCUUCCGCCUGCUGUCACCCACAGAGCGCCUGUAUGCCCACCAUCUGUCACGGGCCGCCUGGUACGGAGGCCUGGCUGUGCUGCUGCAGACCUCCCCUGAGGCCCCCUACAUCUAUGCCCUGCUCAGCCGCCUCUUCCGUGCCCAGGACCCAGACCAGCUGCGCCAGCAUGCCCUGGCUGAGGGCCUUACCGAGGAGGAGUAUCAGGCGUUCCUGGUCUAUGCUGCAGGUAUCUACUCCAACAUGGGCAACUACAAGUCCUUUGGCGACACCAAGUUUGUUCCCAACCUGCCCAAGGAGAAGCUGGAACGUGUGAUCCUGGGAAGUAAGGCUGCUCAGCAGAACCCGGCAGAAGUCAGGAGCCUCUGGCAGACCUGCGGGGAGCUCAUGUUCUCUCUGGAGCCGCGGCUUCGACACCUCGGGCUGGGGAAGGAGGGAAUCACCACCUAUUUCUCCAGGAAUUGCACCAUGGAAGAUGCCAAACUGGCCCAAGACUUUCUGGACUCACAGAACCUCAGUGCCUACAACACGCGGCUCUUCAAGGAUGUCGACCAGGAUGGGAAGCCCCGCUAUGAGGUGCGGCUGGCUUCUGUGCUUGGCACGGAGUCUGCUCUGCAUUCCGAAAUGACGUCCAGGCUGAAGAGCUACGAAUUCCGUGGGAACCAUUUUCAGGUGACGCGGGGGGACUAUGCACCUAUCCUCCAGAAGGUGGUGGAGCACCUGGAGAGAGCCAAGGCAUAUGCAGCCAACAGCCGGCAGGAACAGAUGCUGGCUCAGUACAUAGAGAGUUUCACCCAGGGCUCCAUCGAGGCCCACAAGAGGGGCUCCCGCUUCUGGAUACAGGACAAAGGCCCCAUCGUAGAGAGUUACAUCGGGUUCAUCGAGAGCUACCGAGACCCCUUUGGUUCCCGUGGAGAGUUUGAAGGCUUUGUGGCCAUGGUGAACAAGGCCAUGAGUGCCAAGUUUGAGUGUCUGGUGGCAAGCGCAGAACAGCUGCUGAAGGAGCUGCCCUGGCCCCCGGCCUUCGAGAAGGACAAGUUCCUCAGCCCCGACUUCACCUCCCUGGAUGUUCUCACCUUCUCUGGCUCUGGCAUCCCUGCUGGCAUCAACAUUCCCAACUAUGACGACCUAAGGCAGACGGAAGGCUUUAAGAACGUGUCACUGGGGAACGUGCUGGCUGUGGCGUACGCUACACAGCGGGAGAAGCUUACCUUCCUGGAGGAGGAUGACAAGGACCUGUACAUCCGCUGGAAGGGGCCCUCCUUUGAUGUGCAGGUGGGACUGCACGAGCUGCUGGGACACGGCAGCGGCAAGCUCUUUGUGCAGGAUGAAAAAGGAGCAUUUAACUUUGACCAGGAAACAGUGAUCAACCCAGAGACGGGGGAGCAGAUUCAGAGCUGGUACCGGAGCGGGGAGACCUGGGACAGCAAGUUCAGCACCAUCGCCUCUAGCUACGAAGAAUGCCGGGCUGAAAGCGUGGGCCUCUACCUCUGCCUCAACCCCCAAGUGCUAGAGAUCUUUGGCUUUGAGGGGGCUGAUGCGGAAGAUGUGAUCUAUGUGAACUGGCUCAACAUGGUUCGGGCCGGGCUGCUCGCUCUGGAGUUCUACACCCCUGAGGUGUCUAGCUGGAGACAGGCCCACAUGCAGGCCCGGUUUGUGAUCCUGAGGGUCUUGCUGGAGGCUGGCGAGGGACUCGUUACUGUCACUCCCACCACAGGCACUGAUGGGCGGCCAGAUGCCCGCGUCCGCCUUGACCGCAACAAGAUCCGGUCUGUGGGCAAGCCUGCCCUGGAGCGGUUCCUCAGGAGACUUCAGGUGUUGAAGUCCACGGGAGAUGUGGCCGGAGGCCGGGCCCUGUAUGAGGGGUACGCAGCGGUCACUGAUGCACCCCCUGAGUGCUUCCUCACCCUCAGGGAUACCGUGCUGCUCCGCAAGGAAUCUCGGAAGCUCAUCGUUCAGCCCAACACUCGUCUUGAAGGCUCAGAAGUGCAGCUCCUUGAGUAUGAGGCCUCGGCUGCUGGUCUCAUCCAAUCCUUCUCUGAGCGCUUCCCAGAGGACGGGCCCGAGUUGGAGGAGACCCUCACCCAACUGGCCACAGCUGAUGCCCGGUUCUGGAAGUGCCCCAGUGAGGCCCCAUCUGGCCAGGCUUGAGACCGAUUUAUGCAGCUCCUCCCUCAACUCCAUCAAACCACGUGUAUGCUAGGGGAGGAGCAGGAGCUCAGACCUUGGUGCUACCUCAGCCGAGGGUGGUGACACUAACCUCUUCCAUUUGUCAGCACUUUCCAGUUUACCAAGUGCUUCUCCUGUGUUAUCUCAUUUGAUCUGCACUGCCCUUGGUAGAGUGGGCAAGGCCAGGCUCCUUAUUCUGCUUGCCAAGUGAGGGAAUGGAAGUUGUGAGAAGUGACCUGUCUAGAUCCUGCAGGACUCAAAACCUCUCCCAAUCCAGUGCUCUUCAUGUAUUACUUUUAUAACCAGAAAAAUAAAUAUUAGAAACAACCACCA